AUGGCCGAUAAUGCAUCGCGCGAUGAAGAAAUAUGCUUGAGGAGAACUCGGGUUGAUGGGGCACCAAAGCAUGAUUCGUUUUUAAAUAAAGAUGGGUUGCUAUUAAGAAGCUACGGAUGGUUAGUAAAAAACGCCAUAGGCAUUAUAAUACUAAUUCAUGGAAUUAAAGCUCACGCGAGACUAAACUUUUUAAAACCCAAUGUAGAGGUAGUAAGCAACGAUAAGGUUAUAGUGAAGGAUGAAAAUAAUUACUACGUUUAUGAAGAUAGCUGGGUAGAAUAUUUUAAUAAACAUGGGUAUUCCGUUUUUGGGUUAGAUUUACAAGGCCACGGUUUAUCAGAUGGAUUUGAAAAUCUCUGCCAUAAUGUAAAAGAGUUUGACGAUUUCGCUUAUGAUGUGAUGCAGUACAUUAGGAACAUUCAGGAUAGCUUAAAUGAUGGUACUGUUGACGAUGGGGGUAGUAGUUUGCCAUUUGGAGAGGACAAGAUAUGUGAGAGGAGGAAGCCGCUUCCCACUUAUGUAGUCGGUUUAUCUCUGGGUGGAAGUAUCGCUUUAAGGAUGCUACAAAUAUUAGGAAAGUCGCAAAAUGAAAAUACAGGACUAAACAUCAGAGGGUGCAUCUCCAUCUCUCCAAUGAUAACUGUUGAGAAGCUACCAUCCAAAAAUUCGUUUUUAUUUCAGCGCGUUUGUCUCCCAUUGUCCAAGUUCAUUGCUGAUCGGAUCCCAACGGUCAGACUUAUUGCCAUGUAUCCUUAUAAAAUGUAUCCGUAUAUUAAAUAUUUUAUUGAGUAUGAUAAAAUUCAAUCUAAGCAGGCCAUCACGUGUAGAUUUGGCUAUGAGCUUUUGAAAGCAAUCGACAAUUUAGACAAUGAUAUAAAAUACAUGCCUAAAAACAUUCCUGUGCUGAUUAUUCACUCUAAGAAGGACAUUUUGUGCUACUAUGAAGGAUCCCUAUCGUUCUACAACCGACUCGAUGUAAAGAAUAAGGAGAUGCACACACUGGUGGAUAUGGAGCAUAUCCUCACUUGGGAGCCCGGGAAUGAGAGGGUUUCGAAGAAGAUCGUCGAGUGGAUUAUGGGUCUGUCAUCGGAGGGGGGCGCCGCAUCUGAGGGGGGCAGCAUAUCUGAGGGGAGCAGCACAUCUGAGGGGAGCAGCACAUCUGAGGGGAGCAACACAUCUGAGGGGGGCAGCACAUCUGAGGGGAGCAGCACAUCUGAAAUGGUUAGCAUGGGAAGCGCCUCUCUCUAA